AUGACUGACAAGCCUGGCUCAAAAGGCAACAACGCACUUCAAGACGAAGCCAUAUCUUCGGCUGCAGGUACCAAUCGUCUCGAACUAGAAUAUCCUCGGAUCCCUCUGCAUCUCUCACUUGAAUCUCUGCUGGUUCAUUCCUCUUCCUCCGGCUCGCCGUCUCGUCACGCCAUGUCCACCUUUGGCCAAACCCCGCCUGCUCUCGGUGACAGCUGGGCUUCCCUUACCGAUGUCGAAUCCUCAACCUCAAAUGAAGAAGAUUUACGAUCAGAACAUACUGAUGUCGGGUCUCUUCUCGAUGUGCACAGCUCGGAUGACGUUCAUAGCGCUACCGACGGUGAGGAAUCCACAAAUGAGGAGGAUGUCACAUCUUCAGCAUAUCUACGCCGUCAGUCCCCACUGGAAGCGGGCAUACGACAGGCUACAAGCCUAGAUCACUCACAUAUCGGUGUUUCUGAACUGAACUUUGUCGGAGCAGAGUCUCAAGAAACCAUCCGUCAUGCCACAUACCGUCAUACAAUCGUCAGGCCUCUCACUGAAAUUCAGAAUCAGCAGUUCCGUCGGUGGCGAGAUGAAGACAUAUCAAGCAAAGUCUGCAGCAUCAUUCGCAUGCCUCUUCUGGAAAACGGGCUGGACCUGGAUUCUCUCGAUUACUUCAAAGUGAUCUUGCUGGGGCGGCAUGUCGAGCAAUUCAAGCCAGAGAUCCAGAGAAAGCUCGGCGAUGCGUUGGUCUCACGCCGAGUCUCCUCUGGCAGCGCCAGUCGAACGUCAAUAUCUAGGUUUCAUCUUGUCCCAAGCUCUUUUGGGCCUGGGUCACAACCAGAAUUCGCCGAUCUUGUUGCCAUCGAUAAGCAGAUCGAUUUCGAGUGCUACAACCUGGUCGAGCGAAGAUGUUCUGACAACACCCCAGCAUCGUUGGUCCUGAGAAAUCGUCAAACACGUUCAAGCGUCAUUUCUGAAUGGGAUGGGCGCGUAUUUGUUGUGACCAACCCACGCUGGAUCUCUCCCGAUCUUGCAAUCAUUUGUGUUCACCUUGACGAGAACAACAACUUGGACAGUGAUAGUCUUCCGAUGGUCGAAUUUGCAGAUCGGCAUGGCAUUCCUAGCAUUCUCAUUCGCAUGGACAGAGGCUGGCAGGGCAAUUAUGGCACGGCAGUGAAAACGGACUAUCUCCAUGAAAGUAUCCAAAGCAACCCUGAGCUGCCACCAGGCCAGGCACUUACAUCCAAUCUCCCUGUGGAUAUUCCGGCAUUCUUGAAUCUUGACUCUGCUCUGCUUAAUAAGCACAUCGCCUACCUCAUUUCCUUGUCGGCCACUUCUAGGUCCUAUGAGGACUCCCAAGUGGUCAGCUUGCCGGCCGCUCCUCACGAGGAACAAUCGAGCUUCUUGACGCCAAUCUCGCCUGCCUAUGGCUAUUACCUAAAACGCAUUCUCAUAACCCUCUGGAUUGUCGGCGUUUACUUCUUUCUCGGCGCUCAACGAUGGCCUCUGGCCUUGGAGAGUUUGUCCAGUAGAUCAGCCAGUAUGAAAUCAGCAGUGGAUAUACCGAACAGCGCCGUUUCGGCCCGCGCCAGUGAAGCUCCAAAUGUUUCCCAGACUCACCUGCCGGACCAGAUAUCUAACACGCUUAGCCAUGCGGCUUGGAAGCUCGGUCCAACUAAUCAGCUCCUUGCAAUCCCAUCGACAAGCCCGGCUCCAACAUUGGGAGAGGAGAAUCGACAUUUCCAAAUCAGCAUCAUUGGUGAGAGCCAAUUGAUGGUUAGACUACCCAGAAUAUUCCUGAGUCGCAAGAAGCGGUCACAACUGGAGGUUGUUUUGAUGAAAGGGAACCGGACUAUUCCGGCAGUGGUGCAAGAGCUCUUCGAUGGCGUUUACAGCAUUCAACUUCAGCCUCGCGAUGCUUCCGGAGAUGUUGAGGUCAAUUUGACAUUGACCAAACCUCCUCUCAGCGAGAGCUUGACCUUGUUCUUGGGAAGCCAAACGACAAAUGACUAUAGGCCGCUCCAGACGGUUCUGCAUGCCAUCAACGGGACUUUGCAAGGUGCCAUCAAUCAGUUGUCAACCUGGUUGCCUGACUGGCGUUCCAAAAUACCUUCUCAGAUCCUUGAUUCAGAUGUUGGGAAACUCAAAGACUUGAAAGAGAGCAUCAAGGGAUUGCGGAUCACUUAUGUGACGUCAAAACGAUCUACUCUGAAGAGACUGUCAGUCCUGCAGACACAAGGUUUGACUGGCGCGAAGAGUCUCCACGCUGACAUGACUUGUUUGAUGGAAGAAGGCGUUGUCCAGGGAAGAAGAAUUCUGAGGCAUCUUACAGACGGAAUUCACAAUGCUCAAGCAGGCUUGUUGGGACUAUUCAAGUCUGUGGAUGCGGCCCAACUUUCCGCUGAACUGAGGGCAGGUAUACUUGCAAAGAAACUGGGUGUUGCGCAAGGUAGUGCACGGCAUAUUGUAUCCAAUGCCGCUGGCAAAUUGAGAAACAGGGAACGCCGGGACUAG